AUGUCGCAGCACCACGUGACUGGAAAUAAAAAAAAUAACGUUACGGACGCAAUGUGUUCUAAGAAAAUACCAUUCACCACGUCGGAAAGGGAACUAAUCGUGGCUCUAGUACGAGACCGACCCAUUAUUGAAGACAAGCGAACUAAUUCAAAAAAUAUUGAAUUAAAAAAGCAAGCUUGGGAGGACUUGACUGGAGAGUUUUCACUACACGUUAAGGAGGUCGAAUUAUGCAAAGGUCCUAAACGUAAAGACUGCUGCGUUAUCUCAGCUAAAAUGUCGACUGACGAAGUCAACUUGUUGUACGACAUCGUCAUUAAGAAGGAUGUUAUUCCUACUCGGGGAAAAGUAGUAGCCACUAUAAAUGGACAACCACUCAUACGUCUUCAGAUGAAGAAUCCUUGUGACCAUCUCUUCAUGAAGCCACUGUUUCAAGCUAUACUGAACGUUACACAGCAGUGUGUUUUUGUUAAAGGUACUUAUCAUCUAAGUAUUAAUAUCGAAAACGUCGCUCAAAAAUACUACGGAGGCAUGUUUUUAUACGGCAACCUCACAUUUAAAUCAAUGUUCUACAAUGACGAAUGCAACUUCUCUUGUACGGUCAUUCAGGUGGAAUUCAAACCAAAGAAA